AUGGUCAAGAAGCGAGCGUCGAACGGACGCAACAAGAAGGGACGUGGUCACGUCAAGCCAAUUCGCUGCUCCAACUGCUCGAGAUGCACACCCAAGGACAAGGCUAUCAAGAGAUUCACCAUCCGCAACAUGGUCGAGUCCGCUGCCGUCCGUGAUAUCUCGGAUGCCUCCGUUUUUGAUGAGUACACUGUCCCAAAGAUGUACUUGAAGCUGCAGUAUUGUGUCUCUUGCGCCAUUCACGGAAAGAUCGUACGUGUUCGAUCCCGGGAAGGUCGCCGCAAUCGUGCUCCUCCUCCAAGAAUGCGAUUCCAAAAGGAUGUGAAGAAGCUGAACCCCCAGCAGGCUGCUAAGACUGCUAAGGCAUAA